AAAAGAAGUAUAAUGGCUAUCAAACGUUCGUUUAUUUUGAUUUGUUAUUAAAAAAAAUUAUUAAUAUAAUAUAAAAAAUUAAGCAAAGAUAAGAAAAUAAUUAGAACAUUAUUGUUUAGGGUAAUUAAAUUUUUAUACUACCGUAUAAAUCAUUCGCAUAAAGGAUUAUAUAAAUAAUUGAUGAAUUUUUUAAGAUAAAUUGUAUCUGGACCAAAAAAAAGAUUUGUUGAGGAUGGGUACAAUCUUGAUUUAACAUAUGUUUGUCCUAGAUUGAUAGCCAUGUCUUUUCCAGCCUCAGGAUUAGAGACACUUUACAGAAAUAACAUUGAUAAUGUAUCUAAGAUGGUCAAAAGUAAACAUGGAAGUGAUUAUCUUAUCAUUAAUUUAUCUGGAAGAAAGUAUGACUACUCAAAAUUUUAAGAUAAAGUUUUAGAUUACGAGUGGGAAGAUCACCAUUCUCCACCUAUAAAUACUCUAUUUAUCAUUUGUGAGAAGAUCCACCAAUUUUUAAAAAAGAAGAAAGAAAAUGUAGCAAUUAUUCAUUGCUUGGCAGGAAAAGGAAGAACUGGAACUAUCAUAUGCUGUUAUAUGCUGUAUUCAGGAAGAUUUGGAACUCCUCAAGAGGCCCUAAUGUAUUAUGGAAAAAAGAGGUUCCUUUAAGAAGGUUUAGGAGUUAAUUAGCCUUGUUAAAUUAGAUAUGUAUACUACUUUCACUAAAUCUUGACUGAGAGAAAUAUUUACCCUACUCUUAAAUAUAUAAAAUGUGUUGAAAUGUAUACAAGACCUAAAAUUAGUGAUGAUGGGUGCAGACCUUUUGUAGAAUUAAUAAAUGUUCACUCUAAAUAAAAAAUAUUCUCAACUUAAAAAGGCCACUCCGAGUAGGCUAAGUUUGUUGAUGGAGAGAAUUUUAAAAUUGAGUUUGAAUAAAGCCAACCUAUUAGUGGUGAUAUUCUUUUAAGAGUGAAAAAUAAUGGUGCGAUUUCAAAUAAAAAUAUGUUUAGAGUUUCUUUUAAUACAGCAUUUAUUAAGCCAAACAAUAUUCUUGAAUUUGGUCUAUCAGAACUAUCACCGAGCUAAAUUUUUAAAGAUGAAAGAUUUUCAAAGGAUUUUUACAUAAAAAUUAUAUUUGGAGAUUAUUGCAAAUGCAACUGCUACACUCCAUUUGAUAAAAAGUGUUCAGGAUGUAAAAUAGAGUUGGAUAAGGAGAAGGAUUCAUGGUCCACAAUAUAUAAUAUCAUAGCACACUAUUAAAAACCCUCAGCUUAAGAGUAAACUGAUUUGCUUUUUGGAGAGGAGCCUGAAGACGUUGAUGAAAUAUUACAAAAAGAAAAAAAAACCUUUGUUGAAGCAAAGGGUAUUUUAUAAUAAGGAAAAAGCUCUGAAGAAAAUAGCUAAAGACUAAGCAACUUUAAUUGCUACUUGCUACAAUAAAGUGAAAAUUAGGGCCAAGAUGUUGUUUAAAAUAAUUCUAGCUCUGGUGAAGAAGGGUAUACUAUAAUAAGAGGUUAAGAUGAUAUAUAAUAUAAUAGACAGAGGUUAUAAAAUUAGCCAGAUUAUAUCAAAGAGGAGUAAAAAAUUUAAGACAUUGAUAAUAGAAAAAGGUCAGACGUCUAGUAUAAUAUUUAUGAUAAUGAUAUAGUACCUAGCCAUUAGGCUUUAUAUAGCAUCCAAAACACAUAUAAUAUUAACAACAGCUAACCUUCAGAUUUAAAUAGUUUAAAAACAGAUGAUAUAUUAAAUGAAAACAAUUAUUAACUUAAAAACCGUCAUCAAACCGAUAAAGAUGUAGAUUAUAAAAAAUAAGAAGCAAUUGAACAUCAAAAUUUAAUAGAUUAAAUUUAAAAGCAAGGUCAAGACAUUCAACUAUUUGACCAAGAUGAAGAAAAACCAUCCCAUCAAAAAAACCUUAAAAAUAAAAAUAUAUGA